GUCCCGUUAACGCGAUGGUUUCCUCGGCAUCCUUGUACUGACGACGGAGGAACCAAACUAAGUUUUGAACCUCCGCCAUUGUGAUCAUCAACACGAUAUCUGCGACGUCAUCAGAACGCGUGCUCCUACUGGGUCAAAGUAGUACAGGUGCUUGAACAUGGUGCGGGUUCUGUCGUGCCACCACUUCACGUCCCAGGAAGUCUUCAGCACCAAGCAGGAACCCGAGGUCAUCUACGGCUCUGGCGACAAACUCUUUAUCGCGACCGUACACAAUGUGGUGGAGGUGUACCAGGUAAACACCAAGGAGUGCAGGCACCUGCUUGGCUUCAUGACGGUAUCUGCCAUUGACCAGCUGGUCUACAGCGAGUGUGGAAAGUAUGUGGCGACUGUGGAAGUCAAGAGCAGCAAGCAGAGGUCCCUUACAUUUGUCAGGUUGUACUUCAACUGGGAGGGUAGCGAUGUGACGCAGCCUGUACGGGCCAGGAUCGCCGGCGUCCCAGCCAGUAACUCCCAACCAGAGAACACUGGGAAACAGCUGGAGGUGGUGGAGUUGCCUCUCCGUAAGUCCGCAACCUGCAUACAGUGCUGCGCAGUGACUGGUAACCUGGCCAUCGGCAUAGGCAGUGUUAUGAGCCUGUACAGACUCUGCUCUAAGACUGUGCAGCUGACAGAGACUACUUACACUGACUUGGACCAUCUCCUGGACAUUCACAUUGGGUUUAACCUUGCUGAGAUAGCCCUGUGUGAGAACUAUGUCGGCGGGAUCUCGGCAGAUGAGGUCAGGGUGCUGCAAGUUCACUUCAAGAAUGAAGUUGAUGAAGACACAACCAAUCCUAAGGAGUUAGCUGGGGAAGUCAUUAGCAGAUCCACAACACCAACAGACCAAGGAGCGGAUCAGGACGAUGUUAUUGUUGAGGAUGAAGACUUUGUUUUGUGGUCGUUUGAGGAGCAUAAUAUUCCCGUGGACAGUGUUCAUGUGGAACUUCCAAGUGGUACCAGCCCCCUGCCACGCAGAAGUGUCUCUCCCCGACUCCAGACCAACACGAUCAGCUUACGCACCAUCUCCAGUGAGCGGCCUUAUGUGGAGAAGUCUUCAAACCCGACAGAGGUUCUCGGACCAGUGGACUGCGUCCAAGGGCGACCAAUCACAGUGGAGUGGGCAGGACUGUACAGUGUGGGGAUCAGUAUCAAGGGGAUGAACGCCCAGUUGAGCACCACAACCCUCCUGUACCGCAGAUUUGCUCCAGGAGACACGGCAUACACGACUGUCGACGGCGCACUUCACUCUCUUCAGUUCCUGCCAACGUACUCUAAGGAUGGUGCCGAUAAGUCUGAAAAGUCACGUCGCCACAGGGUAUCUGUUCUGCCCGCUGAAGGCAGGUGCUCUCCUCUGCACCCCAACCCUCAGGAGGGGACACUGCACGGCCUCUGCUGCUUCUUCACGGGCCCCAGACAGGGUUUCCUGUAUGACAUCUUUGAUGGUGCCAACCUCCUGGCCUCCUACCCAUAUACAGCUGACACAUCCAAGGUAGUGGCAGGAGACAGCCUGCUCCAUGCAGUGACCAGGAAUGGUCUGGAAACGUACACCUUACGGAAGUUUGCCGCAGCGGUCCACAGGAUGGAGGACAUCGACAACAUCCACAACACCUGUCCUCAUCCCAACAUGGACAUCUGUCUCAUCGGGAUGAGGCCCUUCAUAGCCAUACAGGAUAUCAGUGUGUGCACAUCCCAUGUACUGUUGCUGUCUAAGGUGGAGUCUCCCAGGACCCAGCGAGUAGCAGGACAGUCACACUGGAGUCUGUAUGCCUUACAGAAUGCCUCUGUAGGUCAGUUGUACAAGGACAUGUUGGACCUUGGCCUGCGUUACCAGAACAGCAGCCCGCCUGCAUACCACCAGCUGCUGUGUGAAGGUCACCUUCUCCUGAGACAAGCGCUGUUCAGUCAAGAAGCAGACAGCAGGACCCAGCAGCUUCAGGAUCUCUUGUGUGAGUCAUGUGGUCUGCUGGGUGACUACCACUCCCUGCCUGACAGCCAGGACUGGACCCUGGCCCUGCCCUACUACAACAUGUCCGGCCUGAAGGUGGCUGCCAUCGUACAGCAGGCUCUGCACCAGAUGCAGCCGGACCGGGAACAGCCAGGCUACGGGAGGGGCCUGGUCCACUUCCUCGACCACGUGCUCUUCACCGGUGACGAGCCGCUCGAGACGGACAAGUCCACUUCCAACAUCGUCCUGGAGGCCUACAGCCAGCUAGAGCCAGAGAACCUCUCCAAGGUCAUCAUCAAGUCCCGGCUGAGGUUGUUCGAUGAUCAGAAGGCCGUGUCCAUGCUGAGGAAGAUCAAGAGGGGGGUGUCUGGCUCGGGAGGUCGCUACCACCCCAAGCCACUGGAUGUCCUGGCCAUGGCGGUGUUGAAGCUGAGGCUGUGUGAGCCGGAGCAGGCACAGAUCGUGCUGUCCACCGUCACCGAGCCGCAGCUGGUCCAGGUGCUGCUGUCUGAGCACCAACUGCUGCGUACAGAGUCCACCCAAUUGUCGCACCUGUCCCAGCUGCUGAGGCGCCACCAGCCACAGGUGCUUAUUGCUGCACUGGUAGCUCUUCAGGGGCGAGGCGUCAUCGCCUUCGAGACAGCACUGCAGUUGCUACGGGGCUCUGAAGGGGAGAUUCACCAAAACACCCACAUUCGCGACUAUCUCGAAGGCAUUCUGCAAGCUUGUCACAGUCAACCAGCGGGUCAGAAAGUUGGCACGAUGCUUUGCGACAUCUACAUUCAGAGGCUGGUGGAGUGGAAACCUCCAUCCUCCAGACCCAUGCCCGCACCGGGACAUGUCCACAUACCUCGCGGGGGUGGCUGCUUUGGAGUACGGUACACCUGGUUGGACCACCUCCCACCUUUCAAAGGCGUUGGCUCCGCCAAGCAACCCUGCCAGUGGGUCCAGAUCAGAGUCUCCCCACCUCGUGGGUCACCCAUGCAGCUCCCUGCCACGGUGACCCCGAUUCAGGUCAGCAAAGCCUCCCCAUCAGUUGUCGAGGAAGUCUGCAUGUGCUGCUGCUGUAACGAGGACCUCCUGAAGCUGCAAUCCCUACUCUGCUCCGGUAACGUCAGCACCGACAUCUCCCAACAUGUCCUGCAGGCUGUCACUGAAGACAUGAAGGGCUUCCUCGCUGUCAAACUCCUCUGUCUGGCCAAGAUGGAGCCUGAGAAAGCCGUGGAACUCAUGAUAGAUUCGCACCCUUCCGUACUGGUCAGUUUUGGAGAGACCGUGUUUCCGGAGAGCCAGGAGAGAUGGAUCGAUGUGCUGCACCUUCUUCUGCAAAUGUUCGAAGACGAGGACAGUCUUCCGGAUGACAGGCACGAAUCCCUUACAGGGGCACUGCAGGGGGUCCUGUCUUGCCUGGCCUCCCUCAUGGAACCUCAGGCAUUCAUCAACCUGCUCCCCUCCCAUGGCACAGUGGAUUUCUUCCUGCCCUACAUCCAACAGUGUCUGAGGAAACACAGGGCUGGGGAGAUGAGGAACAGGGUAGCAUCAGGACAGGUGUAGAGGGGGAAUGAUCAUCUAUGAUCUUUGAAGCAAAACUGGCUCUUCACGAGUGGAGAUUAUAGUACCAUUUUUACUUUGUAUACGACUUACGUGUCAUCUACGGAAAUGCAACAUAUAUAUUUACUUACUCUGAGUUAUCUAGUAAUGAAGUCUAUUGUUGGAUUGACAUUUGUAUAAUUGUAUACAUUAAUGAUUUGAAAAUAUCUUAAAAAGACUAUGAUGUUAAAACAUUCCUUUAGGGCCAAGCAAGAAACGUUAUAGCUUUAUUCUACAUACAUUAGCUGCUACUUAAGAAUAGGACAGUGGAAUAAGCAGGCCUUAUUCGCAUAAUGUUGCUGUUACAUGCUCUGUUUGUUUGUAAGAGCAAGGAGGUGUAAUUUAAACCACCAAUGAUAAAUCCACUAUCCAGUAUGUUGCUUGAUUUCAAAACAAAAGAGAAGUUAAGCAAUAAAUAUCUCUUUAUUAUCAUUCUGAAUAUCUGUGAUGCUUUUUACACAAAGUUAACAACAUAUAAUUAGGACCAAUAAUCAUCACACAUUUGAAUGAUACUGUCAUCAAUGGUCCACUUCCUCUAAUACAUCUGUAGUAACACAUCAAAAUAUGAGUGACCAAUAAAGCAUUGACAUGGUCUUCACACAUCAUUUUUACACUGAAUAGAAUUAUUCUUAAACCAAGACUAAGAAGAAAGAACAAGCCCAAAACAGGCUGCCUAUACAGGGCAUUUGUAAUGACCUCAAUGAUUAUUGCCCCUGAUUAUUCAUCAUUAGUCCAAUCAAAUAUAGAGGAGCAACAUCUGUUUGAUUCCUAGCCUGAUUAAAUCACACUCAUACUAUCAUAGCAGCCCUCCCAACAUCUGCUGGCAGAGGGGCCAGUUACAGCCCUGAACAGCAGAGUUUGCGCUACACACACUAUUCGAUUCU